AUGGAUGUGGCCUUGCUGAAGAACUGGUAUGUGGUUUUGCCAGACCACCAGGGCCCCAAGUCGGCGUUUACGGCGGGAUUGCAGUCUGGCCAGGCUGUUUUGAACGGAAUCCGGGCGGCCUUGGAUUCGGGAAGUUUGACCGGAAUUGACCCAGAUGCAAAGGUGGGACUCUAUGGGUACUCUGGUGGAUCGGUUGCUUCUGGAUGGGCAGCCCAGAUUCAGCCUGACUACGCUCCAGAGUUGAAGAAGAACAUAGUGGGAAGUGCUUUUGGCGGGGUUAUGACCAACCACACACAGACGCUUAUUGAAAAUGACGAGACGGCCUUUGCAGGGUUGGUGGUUUCCAUGAUCCACGGAAUCUCCCACGAGUACGAGGCGUUGAUUCCCAUCAUCGAGGAGGCUGUGGAUCCGGAAAGGCUUCAGGAUUUUAAGGCAGCAAGGAAUAUGUGUCUUGGAGAAAUCUCCGAGAAGUUCAUCUACGAAGAGCUCUUCAAUGGAUCCAACCCAUUGUUACAAAGCAGCCUUCUCGCCGACCCAGAGAUGGCAGCCGUUUUACACAACAACACAUUGGGCCUUUCCAAAUCAGCAGGCGUCCCGGAAAUCCCCAUUUUCAUCUUCCAGGCCUUGCACGAUGAGGUCAUCCGAGUCAACCAGGCCGAGGAGGUGUACGAGAAAUGGUGCUCGUGGGGUGCGCCUUCGAUCGAGUUUGCCGUAUCCAACUACAGUGCUCAUGUCUCCGAAGGCAUCCUUGGAAUCGGCACCGGACUCGCCUGGCUUGAAAAACUCAUGAACGGAGAAAAACCAGUCGAUGGAUGCACCAAGACAUACAGAACUACAAACACGCUUUACCCCGGCGCCGACGUGAUGAUCCGCCAGUAUUUGGACACAUUUGUUCGGGCUGUUUUUGGGCAGAAGGUGGGGGAAGAAACCAAGAAUUUCACCGAGUCAACGGUUUUGAGCAAAAUCUUUGCGUAUGCGUUGAAUGGCGUAUUCAGGGCGUUUGGCCCGUUCAAGCGGCAAGAGGGCGUGGGCACUAAAACUAGCGAAAAGCCACAAAAGCUGCUUUUUCACGGAUUCAGAGAUAUCAUCGAGUUGUGGGAAUCCGAGGGUAUCGACCCGUGGGCUGUUCUCUAUGGGGAAACCACAGUGCUGUUUGAGGCGUGA